GAACCUUCCUUGACUUCUUUGCUCACCAAAAAACUUGCCCUAAUUUCCCCCCUUUUUUUUCUUUCUCUUUCUUCGUUAUCGCCAAAACUCUGAUUAAGCAGCUCAUCCAAAAAUCUCUUCAAUUUAGCAAUUCUGCACUUGAUCAGGUUCGAAAUUCGUUAGAAUUAUUGUUAAAUUUUGAUUUUUGAAUCGUCUUGUCUUCAAUCCCAAUUGGGUCAAACUUUUCUGUUUUAGGGUUUUUGAUUUUUUAUUUUUUCUGAUCGAAGUUUCGAAUUAACUUCACUUGGUUCAACAAUUUCGAUCGGAUUCAUAUAUAUUGAAAUUUGAAACAUGAAUUUGAGAUGAGCUUUCACGUUGUUGAAUUUCUGCUUAAAUUCCGACUUGGGUUCUGUUUGUUUUAAUUUUCUGUGGAUUCCGCAGUCUUUCUCUUGCCGGAGAGCUGAUCUGAUUAAAAAAUUAGGGUUUAGAAUUUUGAUUCAGAGUGAGAUACAACUGUGGCGAAUUUAGGGUUUUGAUUUUGAAGUUUGUUAAUAAUAAGGAAAUUAAAAUGCCGGGUGAUCGGCAUUGUAAUAGAAUUGAUAUACUGGAUAUAAAAAUUUCGAUUGGGAAGAAGUUAGGAAGUCUAAGAGCAGAGAAGUAUUUUGAUUUGGUAAAGAGGUUUUUUAAUGGCAAACUCCGUACAUCACAGUUUCAUAAGCUCUGCGUUGCUGCUAUUGGGCGGGAGAAUGUUUGCCUGCACAAUCAUCUGAUCAAAUCCAUUCUUCAAAAUGCUUGCCUUUCCAAGACUCCUCCUAGUAAAAAAAGCAAUUUGGAGGAACCUGUUAUUGAUAAGGUUGCGAAUGGGUACCAACGAAGUGGCGUUCAAUCUCUUUGUAGAGAUGCUUUACCACCGUCCCCUCGAAAUGGGAGGACGUUAGGCUUUCGUGAUCGCAGAAGCAAGGAUCGUCCAAGCCCUCUUGGCCCACAUGGUAAGCCCAAUGCUGUUGUAGAGUGUAAGGUUUUGGGUCUAAAGACUAUAGAGCAGCAAAGUCCUACAGAGUUGCUAUCUUUGGGCAGCAAACCUAUUGAAGUCAACUCUUCUGGAGGGGAAGAGGUUGAUCAGACUGCUAUAAGCCCUGGUGUUCACAGCCGGAGUCCUGUCACACCUCCUCUAGGAAUUCCAUGGAAUGGAAGAGUAAACCCGAAACUGAUCAGCAGCUUAUCAACUUCUGCCGCUCGCAUUAACAUUUGCCGGGGAAAUGGUGUGCUACCCGAUACAAAUUCUUUAAGGAAACGAUUGAAGCAAAAGUUGGAAAAGGAAGGGUUAGGAAUAUCUCUGGAUUGUGUGAAUUUGUUGAAUAAUGGGUUGGAUACUUACCUAAAGAGGUUGAUAAAGCCAUCACUUGAAGUAGCUAGUUCAAGGCUUGAAAACCAACAUUUAAAUUCAGUUGUUGGGUCGUUUCCUGGUUCAAAUGGAGUUCAUUCUGUGCCGUACACUCAAGCUUCGCCCAUGUGUCUGUCUAUUUCACAUUUAGACUUUCGGACUGCUACAGAGAUCGACCCUUCAGUGCUUGGAAUAAAUUGGCCAAUGCAGCUUGAAAAGAUCUCGUUUCAAGAUUUUUAAAGUCGUUUAGUGAUUAGUUUGCAGAAGACAGUGGUAGGAAUGAGUUGCUGCUUUGUUAAUAGAGUAACUUCUAACAUUGAUUUAAACAGCAGUAGAUUUAAUAGCAGUAAAUCAGUAUAAAGCCGCCUGAAAUUUCGGGUUAAGCUGAUUUAUUGUGCAUACAUCUCUAUAUAGGAUAUGUAAUAGGCUAAUAGCAGUAUUGUUUGAUUCUAAAUAAUAUAAUUGAUUAGUUAUUCAAUCUUUUGUUUAAUUCUGGUAUUCAUGUGUUUCUUACUCCCUCUGUAUAUUUAAUACUUUAUUCAGUUGCAGAAAGUAAACUCUGAAAAUCAUCCUCAUGUAAUGAACCACAACACAAUUACUGUAAAUUUAAAAAAUGUUGCAGAGUAACAGAAGACGAGGAAAAGAUAACAGUACAACACAUUAUAUUGAUGCUCGAAAAAUGUUCUCUGGUAUCUGGUUAUAAACAGGUCAAUGUGAUGUACUAUUUUUCCAUAAUGAUUUAUACACAAUUUAGUUUCGUUAGUUAUAAAUAUGUUAGUGUAGCGGGUCAUCAGGGCAUUCCUUGAGGGG